UCUGUCACAUUUUUGUAAACGCAAACCUGAUUUGCGGCAACUAUAGAUGACUUACGGCUGUGUCGUAAACCGGUACGACAACAAAACGCAUGGGAAGGAGUUGGAGCAACGUGCCUUUCAGCUGAACUUAUCUUUGUGGAAACCGCAUCAGGAUGGCAGCCAAACCCGGAAAACCUUUCUCCAAAGGUGGAAAACAGCUCACAUACAAAGGAAAAGACUCCUCAGGGACCAAAUUUGGAGGGAAACCUGGUGGGAAAAAGCCCUUUAAGCCAUACAAGAACACAGAGAAAAAGACCCGGCCAGGAAAAGCAAAUGAUGGAGGAAGAAAAUUAGGUUUCUCUAAUGCUGGGAAAGGACCACAGGGGAAAAGGAAACUGCCAGCAGAUGGCAGAGGUCCGCUGGCCAAGAAGGGGAAGAGAGGCGAGAAGAAGCUAACAGAUGAAGAGCUGAAGAAGAACAGACUGCAGAAGAAGAAAGAGCUGAAGAACAGCCGGCAGCAGAUGGAGAGGAAGGAGAUGUUUGACAUCAUCCGCCAGUGCAAAGGAGUGUGGGGAAAUCUCCGGAGGAAGAAAUGUGACGAAGAGCAGAAGAAGAAACUGAUGAAGGAGCUUCACGGUCUGAUCCGUGGGAAGAUGAAACAGAUGGCGUUCGCUCACGACUCGGUGCGAGUUCUUCAGUGUUUCAUCCAGUUCGGAAACCAGAAGCAGAGAUGGGAGGUGUUUGAGGAGCUCAAAGACGGCGUUCUCGCCAUGUCCAAGUCCUCGUACGGAAAGCACGUGGUGAAGAAACUGCUGAUGUAUGGGAACAAGGAGCUGGUGGCCGCCGUGAUCCAGAUGUUCAAAGGUCACAUUCGUCAGAUGCUCCGCCACGCCGCCGCCUCGACCAUCGUUGAGUACGCCUACAACGACAAAGCCGUGCUCGCUCAGAGGCUGAUGAUCAUCGACGAGCUGUACGGGCCCACCUACACCAUCUGCAAGUCGUUGGAGCAUAACACCAUCGAGAAGGUGGUGAAGGAGAACCCAGAGAAGCUGGAGAACAUCAUGGAUGAGACGAAGCAGGUCAUCGUACCGCUGACACAGAAGGAACAGGUCAUCAAGCAUUCUGUGGUCCAUAAAGUCUUCCUGGACUUCUUCCUGUUGGCACCCGACAAGCAGAGAUCGGAGAUGAUCGAGUCCAUCAGGGAGGCGGUCGUCUACAUGGCUCACACUCACGACGGAGCUCGAGUGGCCAUGCGCUGUCUGUGGCACGGCACGGCAAAGGACAGAAAAGUCAUCAUAAAAACCAUGAAGACCUACAUGGUGAAGUUCGCCACUGGGGAGUUUGGUCACAUGGUUCUUCUGGCGAUAUUCGACUGUGUGGACGACACCAAGCUGGUCAAGCAAGCGGUUCUUUCAGAGAUCCUGUCCACUCUGCCUGAGGUCAUCGGGAACAAACACGGUAAGAAGGUCCUGCUGUACCUGCUGAGCCCCAGAGACCCCGCCCACAUGCUGCCGGAGAUCGUCAAGGAGUUGGAGCAAGGAGACGGGAACGCUAACAGUAAAAAGGACAUGGCGACCCGACGGAGGGAGCUGCUGGAGGCCGUCUCCCCGGCGCUGUUGGAGUAUCUGUGUGAGAACGCCGCCACCAUGGUGAAGGACAAAGCCACCAGCGUCACCAUCAGCGACAUCCUGGCGUCCGCCUGCGGGGACCUGAGGCCCGCCAUGACAGCCGUGGCUCAGCUGGCCAAUCAGGAGCUGGUGCCGGGAGGAAUCAAAGGGGAGCUUCACAUGGCCGAACACCCAGCAGGACACCUGGUGCUGAAAUGGCUCAUAGAGCAGGACGCCACGUUGGCCGAGGCCGGCAGGGAGGAGCGCUUCAGCAGGAUUCUGGUGGACACGGUGGGAACAGACACCAUGAAGAGCUGGGUGAGGGUCAACAGAGGAGCCAUGGUGCUCUGCAGCCUCCUGAACAGCAGUGAAAGGUCCGUGGCUGCAGAGGUGAAGGAGGCGCUCACGGCCAUCAGCUCCGAGCUCCACAGAAUCAAGGACAAUAAAGGAGCUGAAAUCCUACUUGAGAAUCUGAACAAGUAGACGUUUUUCCCUUUACUCCAAACGGACUGCUGGUGUUCAAACGCUACUUUGUUUGGACCAGGAAACGCCCUGCCAGAGUGCCAGAGAUCAGGACGAUUCGAGACGUGGACAAAGUCUGGGACGUUUUGGGGAUUUCAGCGGUUACUCUCAUUUUGCUUCACUGAUUUAAGAGUUUAAAGGAGGCAGCGUUUAAAAAUAUGCAGGGAUUGUUUGCCCUGAACACAAAUUAACAUUUGUUUUACUGAUCUCCAUCCCAGUGGACUGAGCUAGAGACCGUUAUCCAAACCUUUCAACGGCGAAAUUGUCAGCACACACCAGUUUGUGGACCGGUUCAGAUCUUUGGAUAAAUGUUAUUAACUGAAAAGAAAAUGGCAGAAAAUAAAGAUUAUUGUGAUA